GGGGGUUCCCAAUGACCCCCAGUAGAGUUUCUGACUAUGGCAAAAGUGCCAUAUCAUAGCUGAGCUAAAAUCUCAUUCUUUCCAUGCAAAGACUGAACCCGAAGACAAAUGCGUAUAGACCUACUAAACGGCAAAAUAAUCCACAUCUAAGCUCAUCCCUUUCAGUGACGUCACUACAGUGGCCUGGUCCUUGGACCUUUCAGAACUGCAGCCAUGCAGCCCCCUCCCCGGCCCGGCCCCCCAGGUGUUUCCCGACCCCCUCAGGCCAGUGGUGGGCCCAAUGCCUUCCGGAGACAGAGGCCUCAUAAAAAUACAGGCUCCAUGGCGGGACAACCACCCCCUGCCCAGCCCAUGACAGACCCCUUUGCUUUUGGCAGACAAAAUGCCCCUAUACUUGCAGCACCCAGUAGCAGCCCUCAACCUAUUCAAAACAUGGCUCCCAGUACCUACCCCCAGGCUGGAAUGAGUCAGGGGCUUCACCAGUCACAACCACUGGAAGAUGCACAGGCUGGGGCUGCACCUCUUGACCCACAACUAUCUUCUACCCCAGGGGUAAGCCUCUUUACCCCUCAUAGUGGUAUGUCCCCGUUCCCUGGAGCGCUCCUCUGCCCCCCAGACCAUGCAUCCCCCAGUGCAGAGCAGGGCUAUUUCAACUCUAGCGUGCCAGUACCCUCUAUGACCCCAAGGCCUCCUCCCAUGGCCUCGGCCCCUGUGCCCGGCCAAGCACCACAUGCCCCGGACCACAGGGGUGAGCCCCCACCUCGUGUGAUGCCCUUCCCGCCUGUGUUUGCCGCUUCCUCUCAGUGGGGCCACGACCAUGGGAGUCGUCCUCCGUCUGUUCAGAACUAUUUCCAACCCACUAGUGACCCUCUGCCCAUGACUUAUCACACCCCUGCACAGAUACCCUCGCCUCAUGGCGCCCCUCCUGUACAACAGACCCUACCUAGUCCCCAGCAACCAGACAAGGCACCUAGCUCCCAGUGGUCCAACCUGGCUAAUGCAAAUGGAUUACAGCAACAUGACUCCCAUUUCCAGAAUCAGAGCUAUUUGAGCCAAAGUUCAGCUUCACAGGAAUCCAGGUUGAACCAACCCCCCCAGGACCUGGCCUAUCAUCAGAUGGGUGCUGGCCCUAGCCUGACUCGCCCCGACUCUGCCGGUUCUCACUAUCGGCCAGACUCUGCCGGAUCUCAUCAUGGAUCGGCCCCUGCACCAGUCCCCUACGUUGCAGAUGGGACCAUUUCCAUGUUUUUCGAAGGCAGCGAUGUGGAGAAUGAGGAAACCCUUGCCGGGGAGGGAGGCAGAACAGUGAAUGGGCUCCAGCCCUCCCACAGUCAUGAGCAGAUGUCUUCCCAUAACCCCCAAGCCCAUCUGCUGGCUGGAGUGGAGGCCCCCCAAGGUUACCAAGCCCCCCCCCUAGAAGCUGACCAGCCACCACCCUACAUGUUUGAUAAUAACUUUCCUGGAGCUGAAGAUACCGCUCAGCCGAAACCUACCGAGGGCCAAUUUGACCACGUGGAAAACCUGGAGUGUGUCACCAACCAGGAGGUCCUGCCAAGCGAGCCCCAGAGCAGCCCGGUUGCAGCAGCUGCCCACGGAGGAGUUCGUUACGAGGUUGGCCCCAAUCUGGAGACCCCAGACUGUGUUUCCCGGCCCAUGCGCUCCGCCAGUGUCUCUUCCAGUUACAGCAACAUGAGCCACAGCAGCGGCACCGGUAUAGUUCCACGCCGGCAUCAGGGAGUAGUUGGCACUUUCAUCCAGCAAGAAAGCCCCCGACCCUCUGAGGAUGUACACUUGGCAGCCGCUUCAGGUGGCUACUUUGAACAGAUUGACACCUCUCCGGCCGGGGACGCAGCUGCUGCUCGACACCGUGUCUCAGAGAGAGUGUACCCCAGCCAGCCCCCGACACCCAGCCCUCCCAAGCCCACCGGCGUUUUCCAGGCCAGCGCCAACUCCUCCUUCGAGCCUGUGCGCUCCCACACUGUCGGAGUGCGCCCAGUGGAGGUGGACCGUGCACGGAUGGUAGUGGAGAGAGGCUCGGACUCUCUGCCCGGAAACCUAGAGCAGCCCCCGGACAACGUGGAGAAUAUCUAUGGAGCGGCCGUGGGGCAUGCCCAAGCUGGAGUUGGGGUGCCACCUCUAGGAUAUCCUUUGAGCCAGUCCCUCUCCAGGCCAUCAUCCCGGGCUCAUGUUGCCCACAGGCCGUGCGAGAGCCCCGCCACUACCCUGUGGGCCCAGCAGGAUCCGGCCAGCUUGGGAGCCAACAUUCUGCUGGCCCCUGCCGCCCCUCCGGUCCUUGCCCCGUUGCGAGAGCCCAGUGCUGAGGUUAUCCAGCCGCCUGAGGAUAACCCCUUGGACCUUCAAGCCCCUCACCAUGGCUCUCUGCCCUCCCCGCACCCUACAGAGAACCUGGAGAACCCUCCUAAGGUGAGUGAGGGGGAUUUUUCUGACCCACAGACUGCUCUGGGCUACGCCUCCCUUCUAGUUUCUGAAUCGCUCCACCAGCCUGUGCUGAUUGCCCCACCCAUUUCCAACUACAGUGUAAUUCCUCCCAGCAACUCUGCUCUCUCAGCUAAUCAGAUCAGCCCCAGGGAGGCCAGCCUUCCUGUCAGAACACCUGCCUCCCAGCCCAGCCCUCGGCCGAGUUCCCAUCAGAACCCAUUGUUUCCUCCCACACAAAUGAGCUUCAGCUCCACCUCUAGUCAAAGCCCCCUUAAUCUGGCUCGGGAAGGGGUUAAACCAGAGAUCACACCGCCACUGUCCCAGUCUCAGCCCGCCCGUCCUCCUAUCUCACGUGGCCAAUCAAUGGGUGGAGACGGCCACUCUUCUCUACCUGUUAAUUCACAGGCUCCUAUUCAUGUUUCUGCUGCUCCUGCUGCUACCAAUCAUGAUCAACAGUCAAAUUACGAGCUGCUUGAUUUCUCUAUGCACCAAUCGCAGAUCCCAAACCAAGCAGCUGGGCAGCCACCUCCCUCCCUGCAGCAGGGCCCACCCCUGGCAAGUAACGCCCCUGGGUUUUACCUGCAGGUCACCAAAGAUGCUCAACAUGGGGCGAAAGGUGAAGGGGACUCUCCUGUAGCACACAUACCUGCUGAACCUACUCCCCGCCCAGCGGCCCAAAACACUCAACAGCCACCAUCUGUGGUACCCCAGCCUGGGCACUUAGGUCAAGUUGAAGCCCCUUCAGCCCCUCUGAGUGGAGGACCCCGCUCCCAGGGGCAGUAUCCACCACAAGUACAGGUGCCUGCCAGGGGGAAUGCACCCUCAGCUGCUUAUCCUGUACCUGGUGUACCUGCGUCCAAUCCCCCUAAAUCAGGAACUGGACCCACCCCCCAAGGACUACCUGGGGCCCAGCCAUCCCCUGCUGACCCACUGCAACCUCCCUCAUCCCUGGGGAGCCAGCAGGGCUACGGCCCCCCUCCUCCGGUUCCGGGGUAUGGGGGGUAUUAUGGAGGUGCCUACACGGAGUACCCAGAUGGCAGAGCACUAUAUCCUCCAGCUCCAUUCCCACCUGCCCCUGUGGAUCCCAGAGCGCAGCAGCAUUAUCAGGAUGACCCAUACAGGAGGUUGGACCCUCGCUAUGGCCGAUAUGAUGGAGCAAACCCGGCCUACCCUCCAUACAGAGAGCCCCAACCGGAGAGGCCUAGCUCCAGAACUAGCCAGUACUCAGACAGACCCUCCUCCAGGCAAGGUUUUCCACCAGAAGAUUAUCACAGAGCUAACCGAAGUGCCUAUGAUGACUACUAUGCAGAGUACUACAAAAACCAGUAUGGAGACCGGAGCAGAUGGGACACCUAUAACGUUGCAGCAGGUGCCUAUGACCCCCGCUACCGAGACUACUAUGACCAAAACUACUGGUACAGCUAUCACCCUGAGGCAUACCGGGGCAGAGAGGCUGCUUACUACAACCAGCAGCCUGCCCAGCAGUAUCCUGCUGCCCCCCCCAGGCCACAGGGUUAUGAUGACCAGUGGCGAUACUAUCCUGGUUAUGACGCCAGCUUUGACGAUGAUUACCGGCGACAGAGGGACCUGUAUGGCGACGAUUUUGAUCGGCGGAGUGUCCAUAGCGAACAGUCGGCCCACAGUCUGCAUAGCUCACAUAGCCAUCACAGUCGACACAGCAGUUUCAGCUCCCGCUCACAACAGAGUCAGGUGUACAGGUCCCAGCCUGACCUGACAGCAGUUUAUGACCCCACUGUGUCUACGUUGCCUGUGGACUACUCCUAUGGACAAUACCCAGAGCAGACCGACCUGGGACAGAGCUUCAGCCAGUACCCCUACACUUCUGGCUACCAGGCAGACGACAGCACUUGGGUUGCCACUGAGCAGCCUCCUCCUCGUCCUGUCACUCCAGAGAAGUUCUCUGUACCGCACCGCUGUGCCUGCUUUGGGCCCGGGGGUCAUCUGAUCCAGGUCCUUCCAAACCUCCCAUCAGCUGGCCAGCCUGCUCUAGUGGAGAUCCACAAUAUGGAGACAAUGCUGCAGGACACAUCGGAGCAGUCCGAAUUGCGCUCCUUCCCAGGACCACUUUUGAAGGAUGACACCCACAAGGUGGACGUGAUAAAGUUCUCUCAAAACAAAGUCCUUGAGUGUGCCCGCAACAACGACCUCCUGGACAAGGACUCUGCUGCUCUCCUCUGGGAUUUCAUUGUGCUGCUGUGUCGGCAGAAUGGGACUGUGGUAGGGACAGACCUAGCUGAUCUGCUUCUGAAGGAGCAUCGCUCAGUGUGGUUGCCAGGCAAAUCACCUAACGAGGCAAAUCUGAUUGACUUCAACAAUGAGCCACUGGCACGGGCCGAAGAGGAACCAGGGGCCGGACCACUGUCCCUUCUAUCAGACACCUUCAUGACUGUUCCAGAGAACGUAGGCAAGGAAACUGAGCGCUUCAGGGAACUUCUUCUUUUUGGCCGCAAGAAAGACGCCCUGGAGGCAGCCAUGAAGGGUGGUUUGUGGGGCCAUGCCUUGUUGCUAGCCAGUAAGAUGGACAGCCGAACACAUGCUCGCGUCAUGACCAGAUUUGCCAAUAGUCUGCCCAUCAAUGACCCUUUGCAGACAGUAUAUCAGCUGAUGUCUGGAAGGAUGCCUGCCUCAGCUACUUGCUGCGGGGAUGAGAAGUGGGGUGACUGGCGCCCCCACCUGGCCAUGGUGCUGUCCAACCUAACCCACACUUUAGACCUGGAUACACGCACGAUCACUACCAUGGGAGACACGCUGGCUUCCAAGGGUCUUAUAGAUGCAGCCCACUUCUGUUACCUGAUGGCCCAGGUUGGCUUGGGGGUGUUCACCAAGAAGAGCACCAAGAUGGUUCUGAUCGGCUCAAACCACAGUCUGUCGUUCUACCAGUUUGCAACUAACGAAGCAAUCCAGAGGACAGAGGCCUAUGAGUAUGCCCAGUCUCUGGGGUCCCAGCCCUGCUCCCUGCCCAACUUCCAGGUGUUUAAGCUGAUCUAUGCGUGUCGCCUGGCCGAGGCUGGCCUGUGUGCUCAGGCUUUUCAUUACUGCGAGGUUAUCUCUAGGAGCGUGCUCAUUCAGCCGUCCUACCAUUCUCCUGUGUUCAUCAGCCAGCUCAUACAGAUGUCUGAGAAGAUGAGGUUCUUCGAUCCCCAGCUGAAGGAGAAGGCCGACCAGGAACUCUUCAUGGAGCCAGAGUGGCUGAUUCAUCUGAGACAGCUGGAUGGACAGAUGAGGACAGGGGUGAUUGCAUACAAUGAAGACCGGGCUACUCCUCAGCAGUAUGACUGCUGCACCCCCAGUUCUGAGUUGGACCAGCCCAGUCCUCCUGAGCCAUAUGCCCAGCCUCUAAGCAUAGAUGAACACACCUCUGGCAACCCUCUGAUGACGUCACUCAUUCCAGGCCCGCCUCCACAAGGGGUUCAGCUGAUGCCUCCAGCACCACCAACAAUCCUUCAAGAGGGAAUGGUGUCCCAAACACAAUCCCCCAGUGAUGGAGUCCAGUUCUUUCCAGUUCCCCAGAGUCUCCCCAGCCCACCUGCCCAGAUCCCCUUACGAGGGUUCCCCUCCCAAAGCUCUGGUAUUGCGGCACAUUACCACCCCCAGCCUCCGCAGCAGCCCCAAUCAGACCAGUCUAACUUGUACCCUGGAGCCCAGCACCAACAACCGAUGAUGCACCCUCCGCAGCAGCAACGGAUGAUGCCCCAAGAGAUACAGCCUCCACUACAGAUGCAGCACCAGACACAUGUGAUGUCUUCUAAUGAUCAGCAGACUGGUGUUCCAGAAAUGCUGCCUUCUCCCACGUCCACCUCUCCGCAGAGAAACGCUUUCACGCCAAAGAUGGACUUCUAUGACCAUAUGGCUCACAUGGGCCCUGGAAGAAGAUCCAGAACCAGUUCACAGUCCUCAAUGCACAUGCAGCCUCCAGGUCGGCGCUCUCGCACCACAUCAGAGUCUUCCACACACUCAGGGGGACGAGAGAGAAGCAACUCCGCAGUGAAGCAGACUUCUCCACCUCCACCCUCCAUUCCUGAGCAGCCACACAAGGAAGACAUGAAAAAGGCCAAGAAGGACUCGCCAAAAAAGGGAGGAGGGGGCGGUGGUGGCAGCGGCGGCUGGCUUAACUGGCUCUAUAGGAAAGGGAAAAAUGAGGCCCAUCUACCGGAUGACAAGAACAAGUCUAUUGUCUGGGACGAGAAGAAGCAAAAAUGGGUCAACUUGGAUGAGCCGGAGGAGGAGUACAAGCCCCCUCCUCCUCCUCCCUCUGGCUUCCCCAAGAUGCCUGGUCCCAAGGCAGGUCCUGGAGGCCCCCCAACAGGUGGGCCACCUGUCAACAUGUUCUCCAGGAGAGCUGGUACUAAGAGCCGCUAUGUAGAUGUCCUGAAUCCAGGUGGUACCCGUGCCAAGCCUUGUGGAUCUGCACCGGCCCCAUCAGACUUCUUUGCCCCCCUUGCUCCCAUGCCCAUGCCAACCAACCUGUUUGUGCCCGGAGCAGAGGACCAACAGCCUAUGGAGGGGAAUGUCCCACAGACAGAAGGGAACCAGGAACAGAGUGGCCCUAACCCCAGUAGCGUUUCUCAGAUGUUCAACCCAACGUUGUUACCCCCCGGUCCAGAGAGGCCCCCCGAUGGAACCCAAUCAGGGGAGCUGUCGCGUUCUAGCUCAAUGAGUUCUUUAUCACGUGAAGUGAGUCAGCAUUUAAACCAGGUGCCCCAGAAUCAACAACAACCUCCCCAGGGAGCUCCACCCUCUGGAGGUGUGACUUUCUAUAACCCUGCCCAGUUUGCACAGGCGAAUAUUCCAUCGGGAGGGCUUCUGUCCGGCCGGUUGGGUGGACCAAGGGCAUACCCAGUGCUGAAGUAGACACCCAGCCUCAUUUAUCCUAAAACAAGACUAUAAGGGUUAAACCACCCUCUGGAAAUGACUGAAGCACACAGACACUUCGACUCCCUCUCUGAAGGAUGCCCCUGCUUACCAACCCCACCUUACCCACCCAGACGAGCAAUACAACCAGAACCAUCAUAAUUUUCACACGGUUAUACCAUUCUAAUUUUAAAAAGACAUGGAAAAUAAUGAAUGAUAAUUUGAAUUUGUACUUGAUUGUUUGAGCCCUCCUGUGACUGUGGACAGAUAUGAGUGUUCAGCUCUUAAAACUCUCAAUGACUACAGCACUCUCUACAAAUAUACAGCUCUGGAAAAAAAUUUGGGACAACUGCACCUUUUUUCUUUCCUU